AUGAAUGAUCCAAAGGCCAUCAAUGAGGCUGCUGCCGAUCCUAAGGGUGCCGAACCAUCCAUGAUGCACGAAAAUUUGGCCGUGAACGACAAUGCAGAAGUGUCGCUUCUCCAGGAGGAAGAAGUUGGAGAUGGCGUCCCCUCUUUCGAUGAACAGGAGCUCUCUAGUAGUAGCAGAUGCCAAGAAGAACAUAGUGAGAGACAAGCCGUGGAAGACAUAGGAUCGGAAGCGCAAGUAUGCUCGACGCCCCAACAGGUGCUUUAUGAGAUUGACAACCGGAUCGAUCGAAAGCUGGGAGAACAGCAACAGCAACAUUCAGAGUGCAUCGCCUCGCCAGCGUCCAGCACCACUGUCGCCAUGGCAGCCGCCAGCGAGAGCAAAUCAGCAGCAGCAGCAGCAGCAGCAGCAGCUCCGAUGACAAGGGAUGAAAAGGCAAGCCUGCAGCAAGCCAUGCCGCAAGAAGUCGGAGCAUUUGCCACACCAGGCCCAGCACCGUACAAUUCCUUUGAGAUCGCCCGCCAACGACGAAUCCUCACGUCCGCCUUGACGAGCUCUGCCAACACAACCACCUCGCGAUUGUCCACUACACAACACGAGGACAACGAUACGUUCGACCCAGAAGUGGGUUGCAAUUUUGCACUAGGUGCCCCGGUCUCUGCUGUUCGUGUUGACCAUGAUGCUUUGGAAGACCGUAUUCGACAAGACAUUAUCCGCUCCUCUACACAAGCCCAUGUGAUUGCGAUGGAAAAGUCAUCCUCGUCGUUUCGUACUAGUCAGCAGCAACAGACAGCCAAGAGCACUGAAGAUGAUGAAUGCGCCGGUGGAAACGAGAAAACUCGGAACCAAAGGCUCGGCCCCGUAGCGAUUGUGGUCGUAGUGUUGAUGGUGGUCGUGAUUGUCAUUGUAGCGAUUGCAACCUUGGGAGGCUCGUCGGAGGAUGAGCUGGCUGUGAGUUCCGAUGAAGCCCUGGCGGGCAACGUGGAGAGUCCCUCAUCCCAGGAGGAGACGAACCCGGAACCAUUGUCAACCCUGGAGGCAAAGCUGGAACAAAUUCGUAGUCGCAGACAACUACUUUGUGCUCUUGCAGGGCACCAUAACUGGAGAAAUGAGAUUGUUGAUCUCGAAUGGAAGGAUGAGUACGCUAGCUAUGGGGGCCAGAUAGAAGCAGAUCUGUGCCGUGCAAUAGCUGCAGCGGUGUUUGGGAAAGGCGGCGAAGACAAAGUUGAGAUUAUGGCCAAGCGUGGUUGGCACAAAUCCAGAACCCAAGACAUUGAAAUGGAUGUUUAUGUUGGAACUUUGAGCCCAACCAUGGAGCAUGACAUAUACCUGGAUGAAGCCAAGACCGGCUACUCCUUCUCCGUGCCGUACUACUACGAAGGCUUGAGGUUUGCAGGACUGCCGUCUGAUGUAAGGUGUGCCGAAGACAUCUAUGCAAGUCGGGUCUUGGACCAAGAUAUCGAUGUAGCUGAUGAAUGUAUGGAUGUCAAAGUAUGCAUACCCGAAUUCCACAUGCAUUCUGCCAAUGGGACGAUGUUUGAAGGGUUUGUUGAAAAGUUCCCACAAUCCUUGGUUGUUUCAAGCCCAUCCAAUGCCAGCUCUUUCGAUGGCAUGCUUUUAGGAGAGUGCACCGUGGUGGCAGGAUACAAAGAGGCCAUUUCCACAGAGGAGGCAAUGAACGCUGGCAUAGACAGCAACUACACACUUGGUGACUUGUUCGUACCCAAGAUGCCAAGAGCCAUAGUCACAAAGGAUGACAGCCCAGAAUGGUCCGAUUUUGUGAACUGGGUUCUGUUGUCGCUGGCAUCUGCAGCUCAACAAAACAUCACCAAGGCCAGUGCAGAGGAGAUGCCGUUGGUGCCCCUGUUUGGUGAUUCCAACAAGGCAUCUUUCCGCGAUGCUGUUCAUGCCGUGGGAAACAUUGAUGAGGUGCUAAUGAAAAGUCAACCCGAGUCUCCUGAUACAAUCAUGAAGCAUGUCAAGAAUGAUGGGCGCAUGAUUGCUCUACCGUUUGGGCCAACUCAAGCAACAGAACUAGCACCCUUGCUGGAGAGUAGUACUAUGCAGAGCAUCCUCGAUCGAGGCACCAUGCGGUGUGCAAUCCACGAUGCUAGGCCUGGCUUUGCAGACACGUUCCAGGACCAGUAUCAAGGGAUUGAUGUGGACUUCUGCCUUGCGGUUGCUGCUGCUCUAUUCUCUACUGACAACCCGCGGCAAGAUAACCGGAUUGAGUUUGUUGCAGUCGAUGGGCAAACCACUGAUGGUUUUGCGCUAUUGGCCAGGCAAGAUGUGGACAUUUUGGCUGGAGCUAUCUGGACAUUGGAGAACGACGUACAGGAGCCUGCAACGGGAGAAGGUUACUCUUUUACUCAGCCGUACUUCUAUCGUCCCACGCAUAGUCGAGUCAGCCUGGAUGUUGAAGUCAAUCUAUGUCUUGCAACAAGACAGGAUGACAGCCUGUGGUCAUCAUUUGCUAGCUGGGUAGUUGCCAGCACUAUAUUUGCCGAGCAAACUUCCAUAGCAAAAGAAAGUGCUGAUUCCAUGCCAAAGGUUGAUCUGUUUGGCUCUCCCUUCGAAAAUAUGUUCCAACAUGCGGUGGGUUGCGUUGGCAACUAUGGGGAAAUCUGGGAGGCAAACUUGGAGCCUUUAGUGGCUCGAAGUGGCCCCAAUGUUCUCCAAACGAGCCCUCAACUAACCAUGCAAGGGCCUCGAUUCUAUAUACCUCCUCUGGCCGCUUGACGGAGCUGGGUCUAGCUAGUAGCUAGCUAGACCUAACCUAUUGAUGGGUCGAAGUUCGAAUUGGUAGUCUUCCG